CCAGGCAUCUGGGAGAGGAAGAUUUCUGUUGGACUUUGUGUUAGAAGAAAUUAAGGAUUGCAGUUGGAUUUUUCCCCUCUGUCUCUUAGGACCCAGGUCGUGAAAGUUCAACUUUGAUACUCAAGAUGGGUGAUGCAGUUGCAAACACUUCCUUACCUGAAACAUCCAGCUCCCUACCGGAGCCCCAGACCUCCACCAGUGUGGGCGGGAGUGGUAGCGAGUACUUUUAUGUCCUGGUUGUCAUGUCCUUCUAUGGCAUCUUCUUGAUUGGAAUCAUGCUGGGCUACAUGAAAUCUAAGAGGAGGGAGAAGAAAUCCAACCUGCUUCUGCUCUACAAGGAUGAAGAAAGGCUCUGGGGGGAGGCCAUGAAACCUCUGCCAAUCGUGUCGGGGCUGAGGUCAACCCAGGUGCCCCUGAUGCUGAACAUGCUUCAGGAGAGCAUGGGACCGGCUCUGUCAUGCACCAUCUGCUCCAUGGAGGCAGGCAGCGUGAGCUCGGAGUCAUCUUCACCCGAUGUGCAUUUCACCAUCCAGGAGGAAGUGCCCGAUGAUGAGCUGGGAGAAACCUCAGAGACGCCGCUCCAUGAAAGCAGCGAAGGGUCUUCGGAGAACAUCCCCCAGAAUUCCUAGCACUCUGAGGUGACCUCCAGAGGUGGCCGUGUUAGCCAGCACACUUAGCAAGAGGAAGGAGAUAUGCCCAGCGUCCGAUUCCACUGCUCCGGUGCAGCUGCCACUUUAGAGAGACCACGGGUCCCAGGACAGUGGCUCAUCCUGACGUGGCAGGAUCAAGGAGUCAAAUGAUGUGCUUGUGACCUGGACUUGGCAUUGGAAAAGUCCUGCCAAGAGAUGCAGUUUGUAUAUUUAAUUCCAUGUCUAGGUUUUUAAUUGUACCUGUUCAGAACAUGGGAUGGUGACGUUUCUGUUAUUUCUCUGGAUGCUUGUAAUAGUUACUGCAUCAUCUGCCCUUGCUCAGAGUGCUAUGCAAUGUCUAGGACCGUAGCUUGAGCACUGGAAGGGACUUCAGAGGUUAUCAGUCCAAAUUUCUCUUUGAUAAAAAUGGAAACUGAGGCCCAGAAAACCUUAAGUGACUAGCCUAAAAUCUAGCAGGUAGUAAGUGGCCCCCAAUCCAGUACUCGUCCCACCCAACCUCUAGAAACAGUGGAGAGAAUCUGCUUAAUAUCAGGGAUUCCUUUUGAUGCCCUAAUGCCCCUAGAGCUUCGUUCUCCUAGAUCACUGAUUAACUGUUAAGUAUCUCUUCUGGUUCUCUGUUGUUAUCAGCUCACAGACCAGGGCAGACUUCUUGCAAAGGCCUCCGAGGGUUAGGAUGAGAGGCAUGGCAAGCAAAGUUUGAUGUGAAAAAUCGAUCACCUGAACCCAAUGAUCUAUCGCACGUACUGUAAGAAUUCUGUCUUUACUUAAAGCCAUUUGAGACCAUUUACAUAAUUUACCAUCUGGGGCCUAACGUGUAACCUCUGACCUUUUGAUGUCAUUUGCUGGCUCUUUGAUUUGGGGGAUUAGCUUCUUUCAGGUUGGUAAGGCAAAUCGUUAACUUUCCCUUCAGCUAGCAGGCAUGGCUGGAGAACUGUUCCCAACACCCAGAUGUCUUGGUGUAUUGUCCUGGCUGUCACCACAGAGGCCAGAGCACUACUGUGGACACCCCUUGUCUUUUUCUAGCCAACUUUCUUUGCAAGACAGACGUAAUAGGGGCCUUCUAAAUGUGGUCCUUUAUCACGUAGCUGGAAGCAGGAAGGGCCUUCUCACGCGGAGAGCACAGGAAUGGGGGGCCAAAUCCCGUGGCCUCUGGUUCCUGGUUCUACCACUCAUUUGCUGUGUGGUCCUGGGCAUUGGCCCAAAGCCUCCGCGUCCUCAUUUGGCAAAUGAGUUUCAUAAUGAUACUUAUUCCCCAGAGACAUGGGGGAGGAUUUCUUUAGAUUUUUAAGGCUCUGCAAUAAAUACUUCCCUGCCUGGGGAGAGGGAUGCUUUGGGGAGUACAAAAUAUUCUUCCCAUAGUUAGUUAGGGUUGGGGUUGGGGGUGUGGAUUCUGUGGAUAAAGGAAUAGAUAGAGACCCAGGGCUCCGGGUGCAGAGAGAACUUGGUUUUCCCAGGAAGGAACCUAAGGGGCUGACAACUCAUUUGGUCUGGAAAGCGUCCUGAGAUUCCCUGGGAAUGGGGUGUGCAGAACACUGCGAGGCUGAUAUUUGGAUGAAUUUGCCAGCGCCUCAAGCAAAGGGAAUUGAAAGUUUAAAAGAAUGGCGUCGGGCAAUGCUCCCCAAAUGCCUUCACGUAUUCUUGUGUUAAAAUAGCUUUGUGACUGAUCCUUUCUGGCACUUAGAUCCUAGAAGAAAGGGUGAACACUUGAGACAUAGAAUAAAGAAAGAAGAAAAAUGAACGGGAACAAGAAAACUUUCUUACGUCUGCCUUGUGUGCAAAGGAGGGAGGGGGGAUGAGAAAAGGAAGAAGGGGUAGCAGGAAGGAGACUGGAUGAGUGGGAUGGGGGAUGGAGGCUGCAGCAACUGUAUUCCCUGUGCAAGGGUUAACAGCUUAAAACUUGGAUCAUCACUGCUGUAUCAGAAUGAUACAAGAAAUUUAUGUUUGGGAGGGGAAAAAAGGGCUCUCUUGGUCACUUAAAAUGCAAAGGGUAGAUUUACUCCAAAGGGGGCUGUUUAAGUUUGAAAGAAGCCAAGUUAAGUUUGGCCCCUUGCCUGGAAUCACUUGAAUUCUGAAACUUUACUGAGACCGACAGACUUGUGAGUUGUCACAUUUUCCAUUACUUGCCUCAUCUCUGAGGUUUGGUGCAAGUCUAUCUGUGUCUAUGAAACAAAUACGGUGUACAUACUUGUGAUUGUACUGAGUUGUAUAGAAUUGUCUCUUGUAUUUAACAGUUUGUAUUUUUCACAAAGUUUUUAUUUAACUAAAUAAACACA